GCGCAGGACCGUACCAAGUUGCGCAUCGUCCGAUUUCAUUUUUCAGCGUAUUUCGAAUUGUCCGCAAGCCGAUCAAGAAGUCACCAUUUGGCUAGCAUCUCUUGUUAUUUUGUCCAUUAUUGUAAAUAAACGCGUUUGCGGCCGCACGCAUCGAACAGUGCAACGACAGUGGUAGCCCUACGACGGUGGUGGGUUCCGUAGAAAACAGAAAAAACAGUGCGAAAAAUGGCAACCUUGCUGACGGUCAAACUGACGAAGGGUGAUUCACCGAAUUGGGGAUUCAGGCUGCAGGGUGGAAAGGAUUUCGGCACCCCACUGGUCAUCCAGAAGGUUAUAGUAGGAUCACCGGCUGAACGAGCUGGACUCAUCGCAGGUGAUUCAGUUAUCAAAGUGAACCAGACAGAUGUCUUCAAUCUUAGACACAAGGAUGCACAAGAUGUUCUAUUGAGAGGAGGGAACACUUUCGAUAUGACAAUUCAAAGAGGAGGAUCGACUUGGAAACCAUCCGUUGUUCCUACAGGAAUCUUAUCUACACCAUCUCCAACAAUAAACAACAUCAGCCCAGUCACCAGGACAUCGCUGGCUGCCAAGCCCUCUGAGAACAUCGGAGCCAUUGGAACAGGACACAACGUCUCUGCUAAACCAUUCGCGAAUGGUACUCUAAAUGGUGGUCCGAAAGUAGUCAACAACCAGUAUAACAGUCCUCUCAAGUUAUACUCUGAAGAAAGUAUAGCCGAAACCUUAUCAGCACAAACGGAAGUAUUGUCAACAGGAGCUUUAGGGGUAAACUUCAAGAAAAACGAAAAAAAUUACGAUGCCAGCAAGAGCGCUGUACUGAGCCUUUUGAAAGAAGAAGAAAAUAGUCCAAGAUCACCAGAUCACAUAGUCACAUCGCCUUAUUACGCUUCGCACAGUCACGCAAUUGGCGGUAGAUCCAGAUCGCCAUGGAUCGACACGCUUCACUACAAUAACCACGAUCACUACAGUCGAUCCAACAGCCGACAAAGUACAAGUACUUUGUCUCCUAGGAACGAAAGUAAUGACGAUCAAGUGACAAUUUGCACAUUUUGUGACAGGGUCAUUGUGGGAGUCUUCGUGAGGAUCAAGGACAAAAAUCUUCAUGUUGAAUGUUUCAAGUGCUCUACUUGUGGAAGUUCCCUCAAAAACGUUGGAUACUACAACAUCAAUAAUAAACUCUAUUGCGACAUUCAUGCAAAACUAGCUGCUAGGAACAACGCUCCAGCUCCCAAUUUGGUGCCUAUUACCGUACCACCAGGCGGAAAAGCUCCAGUGAACGCGAUUUCAGCAGCUUUAGCCAGCCACCCUUUUCCAACUUCAGCACCUCUUUCACCAAAGAUCAAUAGUUACCAGCUAGAUAAUGAUGAGAUUGAUGAUAUGAAACAAACUAAUAAUUUGAAUAUAACCAAAGAACCAGUAACACCUGUUAGAGUUAGCAAUAUUAACAAUAGAACUCCAAAGCCUUUCAGUGAAUACGUAAAGAAGUCACCACUGUCUGGUCCAAAACCAUUCUCUAGUGUUCAAGGACCUCUUUCACCUUCAUCCAAUUUCAAUUCUUUGCCUAGGACAGGACCACCAUUGUCUCCAGUUGCACCUAUCUCGACUCCUUCUUACAGUCCAAUAGCUAGCACAGUCCAUAGUCUGUCUAAUAUCGUUUGGCCCCCUGUAUCGGAGGAACCCGAAAUUCCAUCAGCUUGUCCCCUAUUCUAUCCCCCUCCUUCUCAGGUUGUCAUAAAACCAAGAACGAGAAAGGAUUCAAGAGACUCGUUAGCUUCAGAAGUGGAACAGAUAAAUAUGGAGGAUUAUCAGUUUCGGAAAUACGACGAACACAGCUCUUCCCGCCGAAAGAGUGCAACAGAAUGCGCAGAAACGAUUUUGGAAUCGUUGGGUCGACAAAUCUUGGUAGAAAAUGUAAUGAGGGGUAGACCUAAAUCCCCUCCACAACAAGAGACCCAAUUGUCUCAGCAGAAAGUACGACAAGAAAAAGUAGAGCUUUCUGAAAAAACUCACCAAGAAUACGUGCAUUUGUCUGGAGAGUCUGAACUUAAAAUAGAAACUUGUAACGUCAAUCCUCAUUCUGAAAAAAAGGAGGAACAACGAAUUCCCGAUACGUCUAAAAUCAACUACCCUGUCCCAAAACAAUGGGAAUCUCAAAUGCUUCAAGCUCUCAAAACAUCACCUGAUCAAUCUGAAACCCUCAUUUGCACAAAAGCUGCGUCAUCUACAAGAACUGAAAUGAGUGCCGAAAUAGAAGAAAGAGUCAUAGAAUCAGUCAGUAGUAUUUCCGAUAUUCCAAUCAAAAAACCGUCGACUGCACUAGGAUCUGCCUUGGCAGUAGCUCCUACUGAACCUUUCAAUCCCGUAAAACCCUCUGAUCUUGAACCAAUAUCCUUACCAGAAGAAACAGUCCCUUAUUUUCCACCUGAGGAUCUUUUUUCCAUACCUAUCAAUAUAGCAGAGGACAAAGACAAUAUAAAACCGUUCAAGAAGAAGAAAGAUCCUAAUCUUGAGAAAAUACUAGAAGAUCUACCUAAACCUCAGGAAAAACUGACCAUGAGAUCAGCGCUUACAACAGCACCUGAGCGACCUUUCACACCUUUAUCGUUCCAAAGUGAUGAUAGAAGUAUUUCUUCACCAGUGCAGAUUUAUAAGGCUUCUGUUCAAACUACUCCAGUCAUCUACCAAACUGAGCAACCAGUAAUACAAACUACGAGCAUUGAAGAUUCUAAAACUGAAACAUCUGAUGAGCAAUCUGAAACUAAAACCACCAAGACUGUACAGAAAAAAGUAGAAGAGGUGAGACCUAAAGCUCUUCCGAUUACCGUCAAAAUUGAGAACCAAGAUGAUUUGACACCUUCACCUGAAUCAUUGCCUUUAUUUCAAGGUUUCACGUGUUCCUUCAAAAACAAAUCUGAUGUUUCGCAAUUUGAUAUACAGAUUUCGACAACUCCUCCAGUACGUGACAAGAAGAAUAGAAAGACUCCUACCAUAAAGGUAGAAACAGGAACACCUGCUGAGAUAAAGGUUACAGAAACUACUGAAGAAACCAGCUCUACCGAAGUUAGUUCUAAGAAGCAAGUUCAAUCUUCAGAGAAGAAAGAAAUCAGACAAGCAGAGAAACCUGCCGGCAAUAUUGUCUUCAAAAAACCUUCCCAGAUGGUUUCACUUCAUAAACCGGAUUCUUUACCACAAUAUCAAGUUAGUAUGAGGGAAAACGCUGAGGCUGAUCUCAUCAUGAUGGCAAAAAUGGAAAAAUCCAAACAGAAGAAAGAGCAACAGAAACAAGAAGCCCAGCAGAAAGCAGCAGUUCAACAGAAAUCCGUACGAGCAAAAACAAUGCAGCAAGAGCAGUCAACAGGCAGUGUAUUGCAGGAGUUUAGAGGUCAUGAAGAAUUGAAAAGCAUAACAUCGGAACUACAAAAUAUUGAGAAAGAACAAUCAACUCAGCAGAGAAGCGAAAUCAAAACUGUUCAAAAUAUAGCUCCAACACUUUGCCCUGUCAUCAAAGUUGAAAACGGAAACCUAAAAACGGAAAAUUCUUUCACACCUGUACCAGAUCGUAGGCAUCAUCAUCCAAUUGCUAGGCCACUCACUCCCAGUAUGAUCAACAAACCACCACCAAUGAUACCCCACUACCAAGCCAACUUAGUUGCUCAAAAAUACGGCCCUCCUACUGUAAAUUUUCUAGAUCCCAAAUCUCCAGCGAUGUCUAGAUCUCCAAGUCCUUCCCCAGAAUGUCAAAGAUCUUCGGACUUAUCGGGAGGUAGAACUUCUAGUUUGAGACCUAAGUCUCCUGCUCAAGGACCCCCACCAAAUCCAUUGGAAAAAGAGCAUAUCCCAACGAGGCAUGAUUUCAAAGUAGAGGAGGCAAAAGAAAGCCUUAGUGCGUUUAUACCGCAAUAUAGAGAAAAAGUUGAUGUUCAAGUCGAGAGAAGCCUAGGAAAAGACUCUAGAAACGAACAGCGGGUUCUGAAAUAUGGUGCAGACAUCGAUACAAUGAGAGAAAGUGAACCAGUUGUCAGUUAUCAAACUGAGAGUAGAACCGAGGAAUUAUCUGCUGUUUCUGAGAGCCAACAACAAAGUUUCAAACUACAAGAAAAAAGAACCCGAAAGUCAGAUGAUCGUAGCAGGGAACAAACAAGGUCCCAUGUAUCAGGGAGUACUGAGUCUACUACGAAAGUUUCUGAGAAGUGUCAUUCUGAAAGAGAAGAAGACUCCAGAAAGAUGGAGAACAGAUCGAUUGAGAAAUCUGCUGAUGGGUCUGUUCAGAUACAGAGGACGAAAAGGGUCACUGAAGAGUUCGAACAUAGUCAAAAAUCGAAAGAAAUUACGAUAGAGAAAAACGUGAAGUUUUCUAAUCAGGAGGGUUUCAGGAAUGUGCGAGAAGUUGGAGAAGAUGUCCAUAACUUAUCAGGUUUGCAUGUUACAGCGCCGAAUCCUAUUAGAUCUAAAUUUUUGAGAUCUAACCAAGACGCUCCUCCUCCUAAAAUGACCACGGUAUGUCAAAAAGUAGGAAUAGAUGUUCCUUCGAAGAAAAUAGAGGAAUGCGUCAAACCCCCUGAGAAAAUACCUCCUAGUUUUCCUAAAUUCGACGCUACUACCCUUCCUAAGCCUAAACAUAUCCCUGAAAUUCCCGAAGCGAAUAUGGAAGAGAAAAAAAUUCCUCCCAAACCUACCCAACAUGUUGAAGCCCCGGGUUCCUCUAAAUCGAACCAAAAAUUAACUCCUAGUGUUCCCCCUUCCAAUGUAGGUGCAACAGGCGGUCGUCAGUCUGGAGCUGUAGGUGUGGCCCCCAAGAGGGGAAGAGGUGUACUCAAUGCAGCACAACUUGGAGGGAGGAUCCCACUUUGUGGUCAAUGUCAUGGUCAAAUAAGAGGACCAUUCAUAACCGCUCUUGGGAAGAUUUGGUGUCCUAAUCACUUCAUUUGUGCUACUCCUUCUUGUAGAAGACCUCUUCAAGAUUUGGGUUUCGUUGAAGAGCAAGGUCAGUUGUACUGUGAAUACUGUUUCGAACAGUAUUUGGCACCAGGAUGUUCUAAAUGUGGUUCGAAGAUUAAGGGGGAUUGCUUGAAGGCAAUUGGUAAAUCGUUCCAUCCGGAAUGUUUCAAUUGCGUCCAUUGUGGCAAGUUGUUUGGUAACUCUCCAUUCUUCUUGGAGGAUGGUAGCCCUUACUGUGAAGCAGAUUGGAAUGAAUUCUUUACUACAAAAUGCUUCGCUUGUGGGUUCCCCGUUGAAGCUGGAGAUCGCUGGGUAGAAGCAUUGAACAACAACUAUCACAGUCAAUGUUUCAACUGCACUAUGUGCAAGAAGAAUUUGGAAGGACAAAGCUUCUUCGCUAAGGGCGGAAGACCCUACUGCAAAACACAUGCCCGCUAACUUAUCAAAUCCUGAAUCAAUUAUUUAUCGAUAACAGAUUUUUAUGAGGAAAACAAACAAAUGACAUCUCCUUCCAUAUAUCUAUUUUGUGUGCUCAUGAUGAGCCUCACUUAUUCAGCUUAUAACAGUUUCCAAAAAUCUCAUUUGAUUGUUUUCUUCCAUAUUUCCAUCGAAUACUUAUUUAUAUUUUAAUGUUGAUUAUGCUAGUCGUUUUAUUAUUCACAGUGGAACUGUCUAUUUUUGAAAAUUUGAUUUUUAUUAUUUUGAAAAUUGUAACUUGCACGAAUUUUAUUGAAAGCACAACCACUGUUCUAUUAGCAAAAAUAUUUUCGUUUUUUAAAUACGAUAUGUGUAUAUAAAAUAUGUGGAAUGUAUUUGUGUAAAGUGCCAUUUUAACUGCAGAUGGAAUGUUUGCUCUAUUUAAAUAUAUAUUUUAGAAAUUA